AUGGCUACUACCAAUAAUGGUGACAGAGCGCCCUCUGUCGCAUCAUCUGCUGCGGGCAGUUUAGUUGAAGCGUCCGGAUAUAAAUUCUCCGAGAAGGAUGUCAAACCGGGAAAGAUCAAGUUGAAGAAACCGGCCAAGUUUGGGGGCAGGAAGAAGGCUGAGGAACCCCCUGCAUCCCCCGGCUCGUCCCCGAUUCUCCCCGAAAUCGACGAGAAGACGAUGGCCGCCUUCCCCACGGGCAAACCGCGUGAAGAAGAUCAUCUCGAGACGGUCGUUUGCAAAACCUGCAAGAGGCCGGUCCUCAAGCAGCAUGCCGUGGAGCAUAUCCGCGGCUGUAUCAGAGCGAAGCAGGAGAAGGCGCGCCGCAAGAAAGAGGCGCGCGACGCGGCGAAUCGGGCCAAGGCCGGAGAUAAAGAGGAUAACGAUGAGGUCGGAGUGGGAGGCGGAGCUGGAGGACCAGGCGGGGAGAAAGGGGAAGGUGGAGAGGACUCGGCGAUGAAGGGCCAGAAGAGCGCAAAGAAGAGCGCCGUCAAAGGGAUGGCGGAGGAUGGAAGGAAGAAGGGCACGAAACGGAAAACGGAGACAGGUGAUGGAGACGACAAGGAUAGCAAGGAGCCCAAGAAGAAGAAAAAGAAGGAGGAGCCGAAACCAAAGGUCGCCAAGCCGAAGGGACCGGUGGAUGUCGAAAAACAGUGCGGUGUUACUCUGCCGAAUGGUGCUCAGUGUGCGCGCUCCUUGACCUGUAAGAGUCAUUCCAUGGGGGCGAAAAGAGCGGUUCCUGGCCGUUCAUUGCCAUACGACAUGUUGCUCCAGGCGUAUCAGAAGAAGAACCAGGCGAGGCAGCAGAAGGCUGCUAUCGAUGCCAACGCGCCGCUGCAGGACGACCAGGACAAUAAUGGCCCGGUAGACUCGGACGAAGAGAAGGAUGCCGUCAUGGCGGCGAUUGCGCGCUCGCAGCCACAGCCCCUCGUCACUCACACGUUGAUCUCAACCAAGAAGAAGUAUCAGUAUGUGCGCAUCAAGGAGAUGCUGUCCCAUGCUUUGGGAGGCUCUCGCGGCGGUGGCCUCUUCUCGACAGGCGACAACACCUCCUCCACGCCAUCCUUAUUUUCGGAUGGCAAUCUCUUCACCCCUGUGGACGAUGUCGGUAUGAAUUUACCGGUCUCCGCAACCGUGCCGGAUCAUGCAACAGACGCCGAUGCGAAAACUCCAGCCGCGCCUGCGUCUAAGAAGCUUUCUGCCGAGCCGGAGCUGGCGGAUGUACUUCGGCGCGAGGUCGCCGAUCUCUUGGGGCGCAACAACUUGAACUUCCCGGGAGCGCAGCCGGUCAGUUUCGCGACACGCCAUCUCACCGAACUCCAGCGGGAGGACUACUACGUAUGCGAGAAGACGGACGGAAUCCGAUGUCUCAUGUACUUCGCGCGGGGGGAACCGGACUCGGAAACACCAGAAGUGCACUACCUGAUCGACCGCAAAAACGACUACCGGUGGGUGCCCGGGUUGCACUUCCCGCUGCCGGGCGACGAAUCGUUCCGGCAAUUUCACGUGGAUACGAUCGUGGACGGGGAGCUCGUGAACGACACCUACGAGGACGGGACACAGCAGCUCAAAUAUCUGGUGUUCGACUGCCUGGUGCUGGAUGGGCAGUCGCUAAUGCACCGCACGCUCGACAAGAGGCUGGCUUACUUCAAGGAGAAGGUGCUGCGGCCGUACAAUGCCAUGUACCGCAAAUUCCCCGAGGAGAUCCCGCACCGGACGUUUACGGUUGAGGACAAGUCGACGCAGUUCAGCUACGGGAUCGAGAUGAUGUUCCGCGAGAUUAUCCCUAAGGUGAAGAAGAUACACGGCAACGACGGCCUGAUUUUCACGUGUCGGAGCACGCCCUACAAGAUCGGAACGGACGAGCACAUCCUGAAGUGGAAGCCACCAGCAGAGAACACGAUUGAUUUCCGCAUGAGGCUGGAGUUCCCCGUGCUGGAGCCGGACACCGACGACGAGGCCGAGGGCAUCACGGAUCCCUACACGGACUACGAGGCAAUGCCGAUUUUCCACCUGUUUGUGAUGCUGCGCGCAAAUGAGUAUCAGCCCUUCGGCGAGAUGUUCGUCACGCCGGAUGAAUGGGAACAGAUGAAGGCCCUCGGCCAGCCGCUGGAUGAUACGAUUGUGGAAUGCGCGAAGGAUGAGCAGGGCCGAUGGCGGUUCUAUCGGUUGCGGGACGAUAAGACGGACGCGAACCAUAUCUCGACGGUCGAGAAGGUGCUCGAAAGUAUCCAGGAUCGCGUUACGGAGGAGGAUCUCAUCCGCAUGGCCCCUGCUAUCAAGACAGCAUGGAAGAAGCGCCAGGCGGCGCAGGAGGAGGAGGCUCGGAAACGACACCGACAAGGUCCUGGCGGUGGCGGACCUCCGAAUGGUCACAAUGGGGUCAAGAGAAAGUUUGAAGAGUAA